UCUGCGUACGUGACAACCCCGGCGCCCCUCAGGCGAGAGGCGGUGCCUGACCAAAGAGGGGCCCCUUCCACCUAUUGGCUGCUGCACCAGUCCAUCGAAUCGCCCCGCCCCCUCGCCGUCCCGCUUUGCGAACUAUUCCUCUCCCUCGAGCCCCGCCUUCCCACUCAUUGGCUGGCCGCGCACGUCCUUCAACGCCAACCGACAACAACCUUCCCCCCCCUCGAGCCUUCCAACCGCCGCUCUGGGCUCCACCCCGGCGGCUCUCAUUGGGCCUCCCCGCUUCCCUCCGCCCAAUCGGCGGCCUCGCAGACCCCGCGCGCUUGCUGCGGUUGGCUGCGGCCGGCGCUCUCUCCCGCCCACUCCCGCCGGCCUCUCGCUCCCCUCAGGCGAGCUGAGGAGGAGACCGAGGGCAUAAAGCGGGGCGGGAAGUAGCGGCGUCGCCAAGAGAGGAGAAGCGGCCAUGGGCGCCUGGGUUGCUGCGGUGCUGGUGUCGGGCGCGCUGCUGUGUGCCGUCGGGGGCGCCUUCGGGGCAGGUGAGGAAGCGGGGCUGGGGGCGUUUGUGAGGGGAAAAGGCGUCGAGCGUCGCCGGAGGGGAGCGGGGGAAGGGUCUCUCCUCAGAGUCGAGUCACUCUCGACGGCGACGGGGCCUUACUCUCGAGUAACGCUUAGGGCCUCUAUGAGGGGGAAGGGGGUGCAAACUCGAUUGGGGUCACGUGGGAAACACAUACACGUGUGUGUGUGUGUGUGUGUGUGUGUGAAGCUGUAAUCCGAAUCCGGCCCUCCUCAGAGUAGAGUCACACUCGACGGCGACGGGGCCUUACUCUCGAGUAACGCGUAGGAGGCCUCUAUGAGGGGGAAGGGGGUGCAAACCCGAUGGGGUAACGUGGGAAGCACAUACACGUGUGUGUGUGUGAAGCUGUAAUCCGAAUCCAGCCCUCCUCAGAGUAGAGUCACACUCGACGGCAACGGGGCCUUACUCUCGAGUAACGCGUAGGAGGCCUCUAUGAGGGGGAAGGGGGUGCAAACCUGAUUGGGGUCACGUGCGAAACACAUACACGUGUGUGUGUGAAGCUGUAAUCCGAAUCCGGCCCUCCUCAGAGUAGAGUCACACUCGACGGCAACGGGGCCUUACUCUCGAGUAACGCAUAGGAGGCCUCUAUGAGGGGGAAGGGGGUGCAAACCUGAUUGGGGUCACGUGGGAAACACAUACACGUGUGUGUGUGUGUGUGUGUGUGUGAAACUGUAAUCCGAAUCCAGCCCUCCUUAGAGAAGAGUCGCUCUCGACGGCAACGGGGCCUUACUCUCGAGUAACUCUUGGGCCUUUAUGAGGGGGAGAGGGUGCAAACCCGAUGGGGGUCACGUGGGAAACACACACGCGUGUGUGCGAAGCUGUAAUCUGAAUCCGGCCCUCCUCAGAGUAGACCCGUUGGCGCAGUUCCCAUUCGACUCAGCUGGUGGGGAUUACGCUUUUGAGGAAAGCUCGGGCUGCCCCCCCCCCCUUUCAAUUUGGGAGUCAUGUGCGUGACCUCUUUCUCUCUCCCCCCCCAGUCUCCAUCUCUCUGGGUGGGUUGGGGGGGCGCCCAUUAUUAUUGUUAUUAUUAUUAUUAUUAUUAUUGACUGGGGAGUGGCUGGGGAAACUCAGCCAGAUGGGCGGGGUAUAAAUAAAUUAUUAUUAUUAUUAUUAUUAUUAUUAUUAUUAUUAGUAUAUUAAAUUUCUAUACCGCCCUCCCCCCGAAGAUCUGCUGGGCGGGGUUCGCAUGGUGACCGUGUGGGGCUCACUAUGUCUUUGCGCAGGCAGGAUGGAUUCAUUGGCAACAACCCAAUAUUCUUAACUAGUUGACUAUAUGUUACUAUGGUGUAUGAGGUGGAGGGUAGCCUCUUAUAUUGCAAAGACUCAUUGGAGUGGUGGUGUACAGUAUUUGUGUACAGGGGUGUAGUGCUUGUUUGGUGAGGGGGGGGGCAGGCCAACCUGAGGACGAGGUACACAGGUGGCAAAGCUGAUGUUUCUCUGUCUUAGUCUUCUGUGCCCCCACACUACUUUUUCCAUGAUAGCAAAUGCAGCUGUUCACUUACCUGAAACAGAGUAUAUGGGUGCCCUUGGGUUCUGUUGGGGUGGGACCUCAACUUUGCUUGCUCUCUUCUUCUGGAAGCCACUAGCUGUUGAGAGUGCAAUUUAACAGCUGCAUCACAGGCAGUGUUUCUGGGGCCUAGAUCUCACCGAAAUGGCAAAACCCAUGUCUAGAUGGGCCUGUCUGAAUCUUAGGUGUUUGCUACAAAUGCAAUCACCUUCUGCCAGCGUGGUCAGGGCUCAUGAAAGUUGUUGGGGAAGGCUGCCCUUUCAUGCUGCAGGCUCGAAUUGAUUUUACAGUAAUAAAAAAUUGCAGUUUAUUACUAAAAGCAACAGGGAUGAAAUGCUCCUUCCUAUCAAAAGGAGGCAUUGGGCAGGGCAAUUGAUGACCUAGAGGCAUGUUCUGUGGAGAAUCCCAACGAGCAGAUAAGAGACACCUGGAGCCACAUUCAGCAGCUGAACCUGAGGUUCCCUAUAAGUGUGGCACAAAGUUGUAUUCUAGGUAUGCCUGAAGGAAUGUAUGUGUUGUUUUUAAACUAUGCCAUUAAUGUUCAGAUGCUCCUCUUUUAUCUCUCUCUCUCUCUCCACUGUCUCAGUUAUGGUAAAGCUGUGAACUGGCUUCAGUAUUUGCAAUUGGAUAUAAUGUGUAUAAUUCUAAACCCUUGUUACAGGUGCCUUUGGAGAGGAUAAAUCUUUUAAAGAAAGGCAAAGCUAUCAGUCCGUUGUUAGCAGGAAAAGCCAUCUCAGACUUCUACUCUUAUUCCCUGUUCCUUAUGUAUCACUAAAUUAGGUAGGUCCAUUAAUUUCAGUGGGUCUGCCCUUAGUAUGGCUCUGGGAGCCUAUGCCCAGAGAGGGGGGAAAAACAGGGACAUCUACAAGAGAACUAGGCCUCCUUGGAGGAGCUUCCAUUAGCAUCCCUGUAAUGAGCAAUGGCUGAACAAUAUGUAAUUCAUUUCUUAAUUGGGGCUGACCUCCCCUUGCAGAAGAGAGAUGGGAGUGGGCUUCUCUGUUGGAAGAAGGAAUACAGGGUAUGUGUGUAUGGAAUUGCCAUAUGUUCCCCAACUCAGUCUUCAUGCAGUGCAGUAAGAUGCCCAUAUAAGGUGACUUUUUGGUCUGCCCAUCCUACUUCGCUGCUUGUAAGCGUGGGAACAGGUAGAAGCAAGUAACUUCUUGGGAAAUUUUCUGGUGCCCCAAAGCAGGGGCUGCUAGCUGUAUUAUUAUUACUAGUUUUAAUGCUCACCAGAAGGUCCCAGGGUGGGGGCAGCAGUGUAAAAUACACCAUUAAAACAACUUUAAAGCAAAGGGUGUAGGAAGCCUGUGGCUGCCUGUCCCACAGGUGCCACCAUGGCAGCCCCGGCCCUAGAGAGCAAUCUAAUUCAUUGUGUUCAUUUGAUUCUUAUUCAGUAAGCAAAGUUUAAAAAGAAACACCUUUGUAUUUGCAGUUGGAAUCCAUUACAAAGGAGAAUUCUUUAUGGCUAGAAUGAAAUACUUCCUCCCACAUCACUGGGAGUAAGGUGCUUAAUUUGUGAGGGCCCAUUUUCUUUGAAUAGCUUGUGUGGAUUCUGUGUCCUAUCUACAGCGGGGGAUUGCCAGGACAUGCCUGCUGGGUUGUGGGAAGACAAGUUGCUCUUCACAAGGAGGGAUGGGAGGAAAUGGUUCCCAUAUUAAGGAGGAUGGAGAUGCCCUGAAGACUGAGAUUGGAUUUUAUUGUGGGCUUCAGCUGUGAGGGGGAUGAAAAAGCUGGGGCAGGGUAGGAAAGAGACUGUAUGGUGCAUUGUCUUAAAACCCUUAUCAUUUCUAAGGUUGGGUCGAGUUAUGCCCAAGCAUAGCUAUGUGUGGGUGUCUUAAUCCUACUGAGAUUGAGAAAAGGAACAUUCCCAGGAUCAUGCCCUUUGUUCAUUGACAAUAAUUUUUUUGUUUCCCCACCCUCCCAAAAUAUAAAUCUGGAGGAAGGUUUGAGAACAGUAUCAUUUUCUUUAGUGAAACUCUUUGCUGCUUUGCAGAUUAACUGGUUUCUCACCCCUGCCCUUCUUUUCUGGGGCUGUGAGAUUGUUCAUUGAUGGAAACACCCCUUUUAAAGCUCUAUAAUUAAGGUUUUCUAUUUUUAAUGCAAACGUGCAGUUGAGCCUGUUCCUCUUUCUUCCUCCUCCCAGCUUGUUCAGGAUUUCCCCCGCUUCUUAUUUCCAAAUAGUAAAAUAAAACAAAUUGCUAACAGUGUACGUGCUAGACAGAAGGGUUUUCAUCAUCUUGACCAGUUGUAAAGGGGAAACUGACCCUCAGUCUUUAAAACAAGACGUAAAAUUGUUUUAUCUUCUAGUGGAGGGUUGGCUCAGUCAUUGGACUACAUGGCCAGUGACCAGGAAUUAUGGGAGUAUAGUUCAAUAAUAUCUGGAGGGCCACAUGUUUGAGUGAAAGAAUGUUUGCAUCUGGUUUUUCUCUCUGGAACUGUAAAUGCAUCCACCACGUCAUCUAAACACCUAGUCCAGGAGUGAGAAACCUUUUUCAGCCUGGGGCCACUUUUCCUUCUGGACAACCUUUGUGGUUAACACAGCAACAGGCAGGACCAGAGGCAGAAGUAGGUUUAGGUUAGGUUAGUUUCGACACACACGCCUCUAUCUUCCACCUGGGCAGGUGAAAGGCAUCAGAGUUCAAGGACCUAUUCCAGCCUGCUGCAAAGCAGAGCCACAGGGUGUGUGUGACCUGGGGGAGUUCCAAGGGCCAGGAAGACAGGUCUGCAGGGCCAUGAUCCGCCCCUGGCCCAAGGUUCCCUGCUCCUGACUUUUACCUAAUGCUGCUAGUAAAGGUACCCCUGCCCGUACGGGCCAGUCGUGUCCGACUCUAGGGUUGUGCGCCCAUCUCACUAAGAGGCCAGGGGCCAGCGCUGUCCAGAGACACUUCUGGGUCACGUGGCCAGCGUGACGAAGCUGCUCUGGCGAGCCAGCACCAGCACAGCGCACGGAAACGCCGUUUACCUUCCCGCUAUAAAGCGGUACCUAUUUAUCUACUUGCACUUGGGGGUGCUUUUGAACUGCUAGGUGGGCAGGAGCUGGGACCGAAAGUCUGGAGCUCACCCCGCCGCGGGGAUUCGAACCGCCGACCAUGCGAUCGGCAAGGCCUAGGCACUGAGGUUUUACCCACAGCGCCACCCGCGUCCCUCGACCUAAUGCUGCUACAUCAAAGCUAAACUGGCAUGGUUUUUGAAUUGGAAACCGCCAUUUGAAUUAGAAACCGCCAUUUGUUUUUUACCCUGAACAAAACGUGUACUCGUAUUUCAUGACAUCUUUAUUUGUUUUCAGCUUCCUUUGAAGCAGUUGGCAGUGUGGGGCGGGGGUCCUGCAGUACAAAUACGCUGCAGCCUCCUGCAAUGUUGUUGAUUCUUUUGGCCUGAAAGCAGCAGGUGGGGACAGAAGGCAUUGUACUUCAAGGCUCUGCAGGAGUGGGAAAAGGGUGGUGGUCUAGAUCUGUGUCUCCAUCCUGUCCUCAGGCUGUACCAUCUUUAAAAAACAGAUUUGGGUUCAUCAGCUGGCAUUCAGACCACCACCCUACAGGGUUUUGUUUGUAUGGUCUUAAUUCUGUUGCUUGUUAAUUUUUAUUAGGGCCUAUUAAAGCUUAGCAUUAAUACCCAAUGAAGCUCCUCAAGAUUAAGUGUUUGCAAAUGUAGCCUGGUAUUUAAUUAGCUCUCCGCUUAAAGACCUUUCCCGUGAGAGGCUUAGAACCUGCCUCACGCUGGCAAGCCGGCCUUGUUACGUCUCCUUCUCCUGGCCCCCUUAGUAAUGCUGCUUUUGUUGCAAGUGGUUUCCCAGAAUAUCCCUGUGAGUCUGGCUGGCAUUUCUAAGCCCGUGAAGGCAUUCUGGGCUCUGGAGUUCACCUAGUCAUCUUUCAACAACAGGGUGGUAAACAGAUCAGCCAUUUGUGUGGAUUUAAAUAUCUUUGCUGCCCUGUUCCAUAGGCUUGAAAGGGCUUAGAACACUCUACAUUAGGGGUGAUGGGCUGGAUGAUGACCUCUGGUUUCAGUAGCUUCUGAAAAGUGUUUGACAAAUUCAUGGUUGUAUGAAUGGCUCUUUGCCAUAGUGGCUAUAGCAGUCCUCUGGAUUUGGAGGCAGUCUUCCUUUUUUUGCCCUGAGAGUAGGCUCCCCAGAGGUAUCUACGUGGUUUCUAUGGGAAGCAGGAUUCCAGACAAGGUGGGCACUCGCACAACCCACAGCAUGAAUUAGGCUCAAAUGUAUGGUCUUAGUGGGGUGAGGUUGCAGAAGACCUUGCAAACUUAGGGCAAGGUGUGUCUGAAUUCCUUGCUUAUUUUUCAGAGAAGUGGAAACCACAGCCCUGCUUGGUUACAGAGCACUUGGACAUAAUUCAUACAGCAACCCUGUAAGGAAGGUAAUUGUUCUUCCCAUUUUGCAAAUGGGCAGUUGAAACUGGAUUUCCCCCCUCAGCCAGGCAUGAUUUUGUCUACCGACAUUCAAGGCCCAGACAAACGGGUUCCUUGAAUUGCACUGCUAUCUUAGUCUACAGGAGCCUUCACCAAACCCCGGUGCCCUCCAAAUCAGCCUCAGCCAACGUUGCAGUUUAAGACAUCUUGGGGGCACCAGUUUGGUGAAGGCUGCUGAAAAACAUUGAGACUAUAAUCAUUUAGUGGGAUAACUCUUGCUGCAGAUGCUGACCUUUGUGUAAAAGCCCGCAGAUUAUUGUUUGAUCAGACCAAUCUUUGAGCAGAUCAUUAGCUUAGCUGCUCUGAGAGCGAUCAUGUGGUGCAGCUUUAUAGUUACCCUUCCGGCUUUUAGUGGGGAAAAAACCUCUAGCAGGCUUGAGCUACAAAAUGGGAGGCUGAGAGCAACCGUCUUGUGAAACACCAAACCCUUUAGCGGCUCUCUUCAUCUGUGUAAUUCCCAAGACUCUUCGCUUGCUUACAAGCUGUUGUAAAUGCUUCAGAGAUGCCGCAACUGUUGGGCAAUAUCGUUUCAUCCACCCCAGUACCAUCGAAUGCAUCUGGAAGCAGAUCCUCACCCAGGGAUGGCUAGCCUGUGAUCCCCAGUAACUGGUAUUCAGAGGCACUUACUGCCUUUGACAGUGGAAGAACAUGACAAAUAGCCUUCUCCUCCGUGGAUUUGUCUAAUCCUUUUUGAAAGCUGUCCAAGUUGGUGAGAGCCCAUUCCUGCCACCAUAACCAGUCAGGAAUAAUGGGAACUGGGAGUCACAACAACUUCUGAAGGGCUGCAGGGGUUCCUUAUCCUGCUGUGAAGCACACAAGAGAGUUUUUGUUAUUAGAUACGUUUGACAGCCUGUUGUGUCCUAUCUUAACUUAGAAACACCCUUUGAAGCUCAAGGAAUUCUCCGUGGGAGGUGAAAGCAGCCUGGGAAACAAGGGAGUGCCCUCUCUUCUCCUGUCUAGAUUUGCUUUGCAGAGGUAUCAGCCAUAUACAUCUAAGAACAUCAAAAGAGCCUGGUUGCUGGAUCAGGCCAAAGCACACCCGUUCCAGAAUCCUACCCUCACAGUGGCCAACUUUGGCAAGCCUGCAAACUGGACCUGAGUGCGGUAGUGCUUUUCCCACUUGCAAUUUCCUGCAACUGGCUUUCCUCAGACAGUGGAGGAGAGAAUGUAGCCAUUGUGGCCGGUAGCUGUUAAUAGCCUUAUACUGCAUGAAUCUGUGUAAUCCUCUUUUUCAAGUUGGUAACCAUCACUCCUUGUGGUAGUGACUUCCAGAGUUUAAUUGUGUGGGCACAUCGGAGGGAGGGGGGAGUUGAUGUUUAUGGUUAGUUUCUUAAAUGCAUCUCUUGGGGUAGGUUUGUGUGGGUUUUAUCUGGGUAAGAGCUUAUCUGAGCUGGUCCAGCUGUCCUCCUGCUUGCUAUCUAGGCACUUUCCAAGUGCAGCUAUGGGAUAUUAUGCCUUGGAUUUGUCCACUCACCAUCUCUCAGGCCCCUUUCAGACAGUUUAUACUUCCAAAUGCCAUUGUGCACUGCUUGCAGAAAGCACAAGUUUUUCACUUGUUUCACAAUUAUCCCCAUCUCUGGACAGAUCUGUACCUUUUGCCUCUGAAUCUUCAUUCUGUCUUAGCAUGGUCUCCUUGUAGGGCAAGCAGCUGGUUCAGAGGGCAGGUUCUGAGUGGCAAAACAAUAGCUUUUUUUAAAAAAAUUGAUGCUUACAUUUGUUGGAGAGCUGCCAUUUUAGAUUUGCAGCCUUGGGUUAGUUUCAACAUGAAGCCUCUGCCCUGUUGAAAAAAUGAAUUCUUCCCCAAAUCAUCUCUUUUUAUGAGGUUGGGCGUAUUUAGAAAUGAGGUUAAAAGUCACCUGCCAGGUUUCUUCAACUUAAUCUGUUUUUGAUGUUGUCUCAGUUCUAAGAGUGCCAAAGAGUGUAGUUUAGUCCGGAUGCCUAAAAUUAGAGAUGGGGAGCCUGGGGGCCAAAUGCAGCCCUCCAAGCAAUCUUGUCUGGCCCUCAGAACUCUCCCUAGGUUGCAAACUUCACCAGCCCUGUUUCCCACACUCCUUGACUGCAUUUGCCUGACUGGAAUGUGUCCUUGAACUCUGAAACUGGCUCUUGCUCUUCAGAAUUGGGAAAGCAAGAAAGUGUGUGUGUGUGUGUGUGUGUGUGUGUGUGUGUGUGUAGAAACCAGCCUAUGGUCCAAAUGAGAAAAUUGCCACUCACUGCUCCACACUUUUUGCACUGCCCACUACUGACAUGUGGCCCUUGAAAGAUUGCCCAGAAGAGAAUGCGGCCCCUAAUGCUGGAAACAGUUCCCCAACCCCUAGCCUAAAAGAUGAGAUGAGCAUCCAGUCCCAGGCACACAGAAAAUUGCAUGGAGGCUUAGGAUGUGCUCUGCUUUGUCCAAAGAAGCCUAGUAGCUGUAACUGGGGGGGGGGGGAGUGGUCUGGGAAAAGGGGUCAAAAUAUCUGUGAAAGGACCUGGCACUUGGCCAUAGCCAGUGGCUGGAUGGCUACAUUUGUGCCAGAGAUCCCCUGCGGUUCUCCAGCUCCUCCCCUCAGCUCAGAGUGGGGAGUGUCUGUUUUUAGUUGAAGGUGACUUUACUUUGAAGCGAAUGAGCAGAUCAUGUGUUUUUCUUUGGGGCAGGGUAUAUAAGAGCUGGGCAUAAACAGCUGAGCGGGACAGGAGGCUAGGCAGUAUCCUUCUCUCUCUUGGGACAUCGUUCUGCCCCUCUCUUGAUCCAGCCUGUUUCCUCCAUCCUCAUCGAGGACUUACUUCCCUGAGAGCCUGGCAAGUUUUCCCUAUUCCAGUUAAUGUUGGCCUGCGAGCUGUGCACCUCCACAGUCAAACAAGCUUGCUCCGACAAGCAGUAAAUCCUGUAUAGGAGCAGGAUGCCACAUUUUUUAUUGGUGAGGAAAAUUGUGUGGUUCAGCUCCCGUAGGAUAGGGUGCCUGUGAAUGCUCCCACUAAGGUUAAAAAGGGUCAUAGCUCAAAGUGUGGCAGAUCAGCAGUAGAACACCUGCUUUGCAUGCAGAAGGUCCCAGAGUGAGACUCAUUGUGGUUGAGGCUGGCCGUCAUUCUCCCUCCUACCCUCCUUCUCACUGGAAAAGUGACUUGUUCCAAUUGCAUAAGGCAAAGCAAGCUAGUCCUUAUUGGGAUGUGCUAGUCUGUCCAUCAUCAGCUAACCAGCCCACAUGCCUAAUCUCUCUGCACCUUUCCUUGUUGGCUAGCGAUCCAUUUUGCCGUACCUUGUUUUUAAUAUGUUUUGUAGCCCAGAGCAGCGUGCGCUAUUUUAGAACCCACCUCCCAUGUGAAUUCUGGGGUUUACUGGGAGUAGACACCAGCUGGGUUGUCUAGCCAGCCCGACCUUUGCAAGAGGGCUGGCCCUUCUAACCUUUUAACUGCUUUUAUUUAUCAAACACAUUUCUCCGCUGUCCUUCAGCCGCAAAGCUGUUCCCGGUGUGGUUUAUAAGAAUAAAGCCAACUCCAUAAAUUUAAAUAAGCUUCAUAAACCUGGAGUGACAUAAUGCUUUGAUUUUACUGUGACCAAAGUCUCUUCGGUUUUGAAAGCUGAACACCAGUUAAGGCUUAAAACCUACCUGGAAUUGUUUGUAAUGGGGUGGAUCUAGCAGAAUUCUGCUCAGAAUCGACUCAUUGAAAAUAAAGUGCAUGGAUGGCGUAUAUCCAUUAAUUUUAAGCCUUGUCCUCUAAAUUUCAGUGGGUCUACUCAGAGCAUGACUAAUGUACAGCCCAAUGUACUUCACAGAGGGCCCCUCCCAUAAACUUUCUUGAAUAUAUACCUUUGACUAAGGAAGUAUGUGCUGCCCCAAGUCAUCUAUUUGUUUCCUUAAUUUCUACCCCACUUUAUUUAAAAAUAUAUAUACACUUUUCAGUCACGUCUCUGAAAAGCACAGAGCCAAAACCAGUAAAAGCCAUAAAUUGUGUAUUGUGUAAAGUAGGUUCUUACUGUUCCUGCCCUGAAUUUACCACCACACAACUUCCUGAGUUAUCAUAUUAUGCAAGGAACAGAAAAAAUCCUGUCAUGACCAUCUCUCUCCUCCUCUGCCCCCAGAGCAUGGCAGUUCCUUGGCUGUUGGCACAAACUCCUUCCCAAGUGCCUCAGCCAGCAGUUAGUGCUCUUUUUCCUUUUCCUUUUUUUAAAGUGUUUUGAUGGGUGAACAAGACUCAGAGACCAAUGAACUGAGUUCAGCCCUGCAGGGUUGCCUGCAGCGCUUCAUUUCCUUGUUCCAGUUUGGAGGCCGGAUUUGGGGACAUUUUUUAAAAAUGUGUGGAUUCUUGUGUAUAUAAUUUCCCGCUAAUUUGUUUACCGCUGCAUUUUGUAAGCUCUCUGUAAGGCGGGGGGGGCCGGAUUUCCAGGCUGGUGGCCACAUUUGUCUCCCCAUCCAAGCUGGGUGGGGGAAAAGCCUGAGAGAUACAGGGAUAGACAUACAUCUCUAUCCUCCAUUUGCAGGUAAGAAGCACUUCCAUAGGUUGCAGACAGAUUCAAAAAAUACACAAGGAGAGGCCUGGAGGACCAAUUUCUCUUCCUCAGAGCUGGACUUCCCCAUUCCUGUUGUAGGCAGAGAAGCUCCUUUAGACAUCUCUGGGAAGCUUGCAGGGCAGGACAUGGGGUGGGGAGCCAGUGACCCUCCAGAUCUUGCUGAACUCUCCUUGUUCCUGACCAUUGUGGCUGGGGGUGAUGGGGUGUAAUGGUUCUAGGGGUUGCUCGUGCGUAAGCCGGGGCAAACACCUGGCUGGGUUGCCUGAGUGAACCUUUUCUGUCCGGACAGCCACUCACCCAUGGCUGUCUCAAUCGCUGGCAGAAUCCGUCAGUGAGCGUUUCUUAAACUUCUUCCAGCAAAGAAGCUCUUUGACGCCUAGUCUCCUCCUACUCUCUCUGCGCGAAAGCCUUCUGCACAAGGAGGGCGUGGGCAGCGGAGGACCCCUACUCUCCCCGCUGGUCCCAGGCAAGGAGUCAUGGGACUGCCUCGCCGCUUCCCCCAUCUGCCCCCCUUCUCCACUGGUGCUACGCUGAUUCUCUUCCCCAGAAGAUGGGCUGCCUCUCCCACUCCCGGGACGCUCUCCGGAAUCCCCUUGGAUUUUGCUCUCUCCCUCCGGCACUGAUGGCAGUUCCCUGACAUGGGGCUUGGAGUCGAGUGAUGUCUCAAGGGCCACAGGUUCCUCGCCCCUCACAUGGGUUUUUCCGGGUAGCAAGCCAGGCAACAUAGCCAGCCCUGACUGUACAGGAUGUGACGCAAGUUGUUCCCGUGACUAAAGCCAGUUAAAGUUCUCUUGGAUGUGAUGACUCAGUUUUCUUGCAUAUGAUGUACUGGGAAGAGUUUAACCUUAGAUUCUUUGGUUGAGGUCACAUAGGGCAUGCCCAUGGUACGUUAAGCCAGAGGUGUGCAGAUUUAAACCUUUGGUACAGUCAGCUGUUUUCAAUACACACACACACUCUGUCCUCCAUCCAGACAGGAAGUUCAAGGACAUAUUCGAGCUAAGCAAAGACAGUUAAGGAGUGUGUCAGGGAGGACCAGUGAGACCUAGGAAAAGUUCCCAGGGUCAAACAGAGGAGCCUGGAGGCCCACAUUUGACCCCUGUCUUGAGAUUUCCCUACCUUCUCUAAAGAGGCCUGCUAUGGAUGUGCAAGCAGGGCUUCUGGCCCUGACAGUGUCUUGUUUCUGAAGAAAGCAGACCUUUAAAACCCUAGGCAUGAAUAAGGUUUCCCGUUUUGCAACAGUUUCCCUGAACAGGCUUGCCUACUCUGACUGGUUGCUAAAACAAUUAAAAGGCAUAUUGUCUUGACAAGUAGCUAGAGUUUAUACUAGAAUUGUUGGAAACUGCAGGAGGGGAGAGUGCUUUUAUGGUCGGAUCCUGCUUGUGAUGUUCCCACAGGCAUCUGGUAGGCCACUGUGAGAACAGGAUGCUGAUCUAGAUGGGCACUGGCUCUUUUUACAUUCUUAGGCAGAAGGUCCUUAUGACUCUGUAUAAGGCAGCUUCGCAUGUCCCUAGUGGUAAUGGGACCCCUAACCAUUAGUUCCAGUCGUGGCUGACUCGGGGGUUGCGGCGCUCAUCUCGAUUUAUUGGCUGACGGAGCCGGCGUACAGCUUCCGGUCAUGUGGCCAGCAGGACUAAGCUGCUUCUGGCGAACCAGAGCAGCGCACGGAAACGCCGUUUACCUUCCCGCCGGAGUGGUACCUAUUUAUCUACUUGCACUUUGGCGUGCUUUCGAACUGCUAGGUUGGCAGGAGCAGGGACCGAGCAACGGGAGCUCACCCCAUCGCGGGGAUUCGAACCGCUGACCUUCUGAUCGGCAAGUCCUAGGCUCUGUGGUUUAACCCACAGCGCCACCCGCGUCCCUUCGCAUGUCCCUACAUGCAUUCUAAAUCUAGUCCCUCUUGAUGCUUCAAUGUUCUGAUCACUCUGUCUUCCCCUGGGUAGCCUAGGCAUCGUUCUGGUUCUUAAUGCUAUUUGCUUUGGGCAAGCUUUAUCCAGCCUUGGUUAAAGAAAAGAUUCUCUGAACUUUGAUUUUUUGCUCGGUUUUUAAUUUUUGGCUUACGCUAAGAUUUUGCGAGGGCAUAUUGUAUCCGAUUGCGCAGCCGAGUGAGCGAGCACACUGUGGUCUGACGCAGCACGGCAGGUUGGCUAGUAGCGCAGAGGGAGCUGGCUUGCUGCAGAGGGAAUCGGAACCCCACACAAUGGCACCCAGUCACUAUGGCCAGGCUGCGGGCCAAGAGUUACCCAAUUUGGGUCAACUGACCGUUGGCGAAGGAGGCAAAGGCAUGCUUGUUCACCUCAGCGUGGGGCAUGUGAGGACGUGCUCCCUGUCGGAGGAGUGCUCUGCCUUCUGAUAAUUGCAUAGCAGGGCUUGUCUUUGUCCCUUGGCAUGCCUGGAAGGAAUCAUCUGGGUUUGCUGCAAGGGCAAACACUCUUGCGACAAUUGCUAAACUGUGUGGCAGUUGACGUGCACGGUGCCUCAAAUGUCCCCCGCCAUUAGCUUCCUUCUUAAUGACUUGUCCCCCUGUUUCCCUCUUCUCUGCUGAAGGGAAUGAAGACCAGUAGCUGGAACUGAAAAGCAAGUGGGAAGUCUUUCGCAAGUGAGGGCUUAAGCAACUGUCCAUCAUCAUCAUUAUUAUUAUUAUUAUUACUAUUAUUAUUAUGAAAAUACACCUACCUGAGCAUCCCCACCUGAACUGCUCAUCCCGCUGCCCCCAAAAUGGAAGAAAAUUGGGGAGCCAUUGCUUACAUGGGUGCUUUGCGUGAUUCUGAGUUUAGGUGAGCAUAGGACUGGAGUGAAGAUGUCUAAGCUAAGGGCUUCUCUGUAAACCCUUUUGCUGUAAGUUGCCUUGCUCCGUGAAAAUCAGUCCAAAAAUAAAAUCUGCAAAGACAACUAAACACCAUGAGUGUGGAACAUACUAGCUUUCUUGGCUAAAUGCAAAACUUGGGCAAGUUUUGGCUACUGUUUAUAGUAAAGGCUCACAAGCUUGUGAUCCGCAUGUUUAGGUGCCCUGUGGAAAUCUCUGUACUUAACCCUGUACUUUUUAGUUUAUCUUCUGAUGAUAGAGCCCAGGGUUGGGGUUAUCAAAGAAUCUACCAAGGCCCUAACCUGUGCCCUGUGACUUCCACAGUACAUUGUGGGUGCAGUAUUCCGUUUCCAUUCUCGGCAGUCUUGCCUAGGGCCCAUGAUUUUCAGAAUAGUGUGCCAACUUUCAUGCUAGUUCUGAAGAGGAAUUACUCCCCUCCUUCAUCUAUCGCACGAGAAAGACAAGAAUGUAUUGGUUGAGAUAAAGCUGUCUGUGCUUUGAUUAUAUAGCUAAUGUGGUGCAGUGGUUAAAGGUGAUGGAUUUGGACCUGAGGGACUAGCAUUCAGUGUUUGAAACUCCCUUGUUCUAGGCGCAUUUUGCGAAAGCAGUUUCUGAACUCUGGGUGCAUUACUGUGCCUAAGAUUUCAGAAUAAAACUGCAGAGUGGAAGGAGAACCUUUUCUGCCUCCCCACUUCCAGCUACUCUCUGAAGACCGGAGAAGAGACCCUCUUAAGAAUAUUAGGGGUUGGGCAGGGGAAGGACUAGACUGUGUGAAAAAAUGAAGACGAUAUUUUAGCUGCAGUUCAUUCAUUUUCAGCUUUUUAUUCUUUUUAUAAAAAAGUGCCUAGACAUUCCAUUGUUGCGCCCACAACCUAGGUUUAAAGUGCCAUUUAGCGCCUGUCUUUCAUAUCUCAGUUUCUAACACGUUUGGCAUUCAAAUCUACACUCAGCCAUGCGGGUGACCUGGGGCCAGUCACUGCCCUUCAGCCUAACCUACAGGAUGUUGCAACAAUAAUAUGGAGAGGGGGAAAGCCAUGUACCUUGAGCUCCUUGGAGGAAAGGUGGGAUAUAAAGAGCAAAUAAAUAACAAAACAGUCCAUUUUCCAGCCUUUUUUGUUUGGGAUGGGUAUGGAUUGAGAGCCUCUGAUUGCUGUGUUGCUACAUAAGUAAAGCAUCUGGAGCUGUGAUGCUGUUGGCUUGUUCACCUUCUUCUGAGCACGUCCAAAGUUCUGCAUGUGGCCUUUCUGUUGAAGGCCGUGUAACUGCCUCGGAAGCUUGUCAAGCCUUCUGAUAAGGACACAGUGACCCAACGUACCCAGGACUUGCCGCAGUAGUCUCAGUGGGAUGCAAGUUAAACAGCAAGAAGUGUAAAACCAGUCUUGUGGUGCUUCCUGUCUAGUUUUCCACCAAUUCCUUGUAGGCGCCAAGUUCUUGUGCAGGCAAAGCUUGAAAAAGAAGAAUGGGACUUACUAACGGAGAGUGCAAGAGCCACUCGCCCACCCCUGUCUUUUGAGGGGAGGACAAAGAUUCUUCUUACUCAGUAUUUUCAGCUACAUGUAAUAGAAGUGGCCAUUUGUGGAGUGUGCCGAUGUGAGUAACCAUGCUGGUUCUUCUUUAAUAUAUUUUUUAAAGGCUGCUGAUCUCUUUCUCUUCACUGUCUUUCUCUCUUGCACUAAUAAUACUUUGCACUAAUGCCUCUCCCCCCCACCCCGCCUCGCAGCUGGCUUCAUAAAGUCGCCGCUGUCUCAAAAGAAGCUGACGGAGGACAGUGUGGAGCUGCACUGCGAGGCUGUCGGUAGCCCCAUCCCCGAGAUCCAGUGGUGGUUCGAGGGGGCCGAGCCCAACGAGACAGCCGUCCAGCUGUGGGACGGGGCCUGGCAGGACCGGGUCAAAAUCAACGCCACCUACAAGCAGCACUCCACCAGCGCCAUCUACGUCACCAACCUCACGCUCAACGACUCGGGCACCUACGAGUGCCGGGCCAGCAACGACCCCGACCGCAACCACUUGUCGAAGAGCCCCAAAGUCAAGUGGAUCCGUUCCCAGGCGAACGUGAUUGUCAUUGAGCGUGAGUGGCAGUUGCCCCAAUCCCCCUUGGCGUUGGCAUUUGCUUGGACACAGCCGUGUCUCUUAGCUUUGCCACGCCCCCGCCACCCCUUUCACCCAUGUCCCAUGGCUUCCCGAGAACCUUGCUGCACCUUCCCGCCCUAACUGUGUAGAAAUCCAAGAGACCCCCCCCUACCCGCAUCUUCCCCUUCACUCCUGGCGAGUGGCCCUGAUCAAAAAGGGUUGUAACUUCCCCAUCAGAACCACACCGUCCUGACUGAUCCCUCUGGCUUCUGGACCCUGAAUGCCAACAUUGUCCUCCUUGGUGUUCCUUUUCCGAAAUGCAAAAUUGAAAGUGGCUCUGCUUUUGGCGGCCUCCAGCAAACCAACCUCUUUUCAUCUCGUUUUCCUGCGUAUCUCUCUUUCUGUAUACACACACAGUCUUGCUUCCUCCCACCCCUGCUUUUGAUAUGCUUUCCAACCUUGCUAGAGGUUACUGGUUGUCGCGAGCUGGAUUGAAACGGUCUUGUUUUGCUUGUGGUGUAAUUGCAACCGUUUUUGAAAUGGCCGUAGCACUGUCUCUGUGCAGCACUGGGUGGGGGAACGCGUCUAGUUGUUUGUGCUGUGGAACAACCAGUUUUAGCUUAUUUGCCUCCUCCCCCUUUCUCUCCUCCCCCUUCCCCCCACCCUACGCUGAGCUGAAAGUCCAGAUUGUCCAGCGACAAGAGAAACGGCUUGUCUUUCGUGGCCGAAACGCUGAGCAAUUGAAUUUGACGUGCCUCAGUUUGGAUGCUUUUACAAAAGGAAGUGUCCUCCCUUGCUCGUUGCCCUCUUGUCAGUGGUUUUCAAAUUCCAUUUGGCAGUGCAUCUGCUUUGCAUGCAGGGAAAAAAUCCCAGGUUCGUUCCCCAGUGGCAGCAUCUCCAGGUAGGGAAUGUCACCCUGCCUGAAACCAUGGAGAACCUGACUCAGUAGAAAGAAGCUUCCUGUGUUCCUUGGAAGCUUAUUGGGGGUUCCUUAAUGAGAAGAUCCAUAAAGACAGAUAUUAAAGCUUUCUUUCCCUGUGAUGCUCAGGAAUGGGUUUAAAGUGCACACUCGACUCUUAUGGGCUGACCCAGCAGAGCUGGCCAAGGGCCACUUAUGAACUGUACGCAGGCAUCAGGCUUGUGGGAUCUGCUUCUAAUUUUUAUUGGCACUCCCAAGAUUCACCAGCCAAGAGAACAUGGGGCCAUAUGUUUAGGGUUGUAUCCAACUCCAGUUAAGGGACAUACCUGACUUAGGGCCAUUAAUUUCAGUGGGUUCACUCCGAGUAUGACAGGGUUGGAUACAACAUUUAAAUGUAAGAAUUUUGGAGUCCAGAGAUUUGUUUUGAAAUUCAGAACCAAACUGAGCUCAGAGUCCUUCCACGCAGCAGUCUUUACCCUGAAUUUCCUUCCUAUCAGCAGCAUGGUUUAGGGCAGGGAAGAAUUCAGUUUGCAACUGGGAGUCAGGAAUCGCUUUGCCGAUUUACUGCAAGUCCCACAGAGGUUUUAUCGGUAGCUCCAUAUUUAUCUUUCUCACCCACCAGUUGCUUCUGUGGUGGACUGGGAAUUCCCUGCCAGGUGUCCGGAGCUCAGUGCAAGAAACAACUUUCUAAAUGUCAAACUUUGAAAACCACUGCUUUAUUGAUGGCUGGAAAAAUAAAUAAUAAUAAUGUUUCUUGGUAAAUGGAAAUAUCCUUUUCGGAGGCAAAUCUCAAGAGUGUCUUUCAGCCCUGUAGAGUCCCCUGUCUCUGAGGAGAAAGGGCUGGGUGGGGGAUUUAUCAAGUAUCUGUUUGGUUAUUGAGGGUGGGGAAAUAUCUGCAAAAUUUGCCUUGAAAUUGAUACUCUGCUUGGCCACAAUAACUGGCCUGGAUAUGCUUAUCUGGGUGCUCCAGGGAUUCGUUUUAGGUGGGGGCAAAGCAGCCUGUUUUAACUGUUACCUCUUCAAAGGUUUGGGUCCCUCUUUCCAGGUGGUUUCAUAUGAAAUGGCUCCUUCUCAGGCCAGUAUAGGGCAUGACCGUUUACUCGCGGGCUGCAGCAAAUUCCCCAGAAAAGAGAAAAUGUAAAAAUUGUCACAUGAGACCCAGGCAUUGAGAACAAGUGGUCCUUGGGCGCAGACCAGUUGCUGUAAGUUGCCCUCCUUGCCAGCAUUUCACUGCACUUCAAAAGGUACUGAGUAGGAAUCUCCCUCUGGGACCCAGAGCAUGGCAGCUGGCAGUUCUGCUACUACCAAAGUUGCCGGCCUCCUGGCCAUACCUCCAGCUUCAAGAAUCUCAGCAGACUGCUGCUGUCGCUGCUACCUGGCCAUUUUGUAAAUUGUUUUACACAUGCAGAGCACGUGGUGGUGCAACUUCACUUCAUGAGAGUCGCUUGAUAGAAUCCAAGAUGUUUGGAUGUGGGUGGAGUGUGUGUACCGAAUGCCUAAUUCCUCUUUAACACCCCCCAUAAACCCACAAACUUUGUACCCAGAAGAAAUGAUGCAAACUGGCCAGAUGUGCAUGUAAAGCUGCUUGACUUCUCAAUCUUGGUAGCAAUCAUUGGCAUCGGACUGGACGAAUAGCCGUGAGCAUGGGAAGCUGCCUCUGCCUCCUACGCUCUCUGGAGGCUUGUGCUGGAACCCAUUUGGGGCUCACUUCACGUUUUCACAGUCAUAUGACCAACAAGCACAUACUUGAGGCUUUAAGGUGCUUUGCAAAGCCUAGGCCAGGUUCUUUCCCAUGCCAUUGCCCUCAAGAUGUUUUGGACUACAACUCCCAUGUAAGCUCCAGCCAGCACACUGGGAGUUGUAGUCCAAUGCCUCUGGAAGGCAGUUUGGGGAAGGGCAGGCCUAGAAACAGGCCAUUAUGUGACAACUAGGCCACUUUGCUUACAGGUGACUGAACUCCACGCUGCAACGGUGUCCUCUCCCACCACCCCUUUCUCUUCUGAAAGCAGCCCGCCUUGGCUACGUCUUCCUAACUUUCUCUCUUGCCUUCAUUCUUUCCCCCAAAAUAUCGACAACGCAGGGGCCAAAAUCUCAGCCACUCCCGAGGUGACUGCCGGCUCGAAUGUGAUCAUUUCCUGCAACAUCACCGAACCGCCAACCGCCGUCAAAGGCCACUACUGGGAGAAGGGGGGAACGAGGCUUGAUACGAAUGAGACUUCACCAGAAUUUACCUCAUACCUGUAGGUAUCUUUUAAUAUAUAUUUUUUGCCGGGUGGGGGAGGCGCUGUUUAGCAUGUUCUCUUCCAUGCCAACAAGCUCUCCGGGUGAACAAUUCUUUCCAAAUCCAGAACAGAGCAGAUAAGUUUAUUAUGAACGUAAGCAAAGCCUGGCUGAAUCAGGCCAAUGGCCCAUUUAGUCCGGCCUCCUGUUCUCACAGGAGCCAACCAGAUGUCUAUUAUGAGAAGCCUGCAGGCAGGACCCAAGGGCAACAUCAAACUUUUUAAAAAAACAAGAAAGGGCUUGAAUGUAUUGGUGCUGCCAGAAGGAAUCUGCUGUAGAGCAGGCUGAGAGACUGACUGGCCCAAAGUCACCCAGUGAGCUUCAUAACUGAGUGGGGAUUCGAAACUGGGUCUUUCGGGUCAUAGUCCAACCCUUGAAUCAAUACAGGCAACUCCCCGUUUAUGUGGGGGUUACAUUCCAUGUCACUGCACGUUGAAAUUAAAUUGCAUAUUUUGGGAACACCUUUAACAAAGCCUGCAGAGACCCUCUGGAAACCCUUGAAAAAACCAGCAGCGCUCCUCGGAUUGCACUUGCAAAGGCUUGUAGGAUUGCUAGACGCUGUUUUUGCACCAGUUUGCCAUUUUCACACCCUUUGGGUGGGCCAUUUUUGCUCCUUUAAGUGCCACUUCCAGGUUUGCGGUGAUAUGCGUGUCUUGAACACACAUAAAUGGAGAGCUGACUCUGAGUAAUGCUCCUUGAGGCAAACCAAAACUUCAGGGUCACCUCCUUGUUUUUCUUCCAGUGUGGUGUAGUGGUUAAGAGCGGUAGUCUCGUAAUCUGGGGAACCAGGUUCGCGUCUCCACUCCUCCACAUGCAGCUGCUGGGUGACCUUGGGCCAGUCAUACUUCUUAUAAGUCUCUCAGCCCCACUCACCUCACAGAGUGUUUGUUGUGGGGGAGGAAGGGAAAGGAGAAUGUUAGCCGCUUUGAGACUCCUGAAGGGGAGUGAAAGGCGGGAUAUCAAAUCUAAACUCUUCUUCUUCUUCUUCUUUCCCCCCAACACCAUCUCAUGCUCAUAAAAGGUAAAGGAACCCCUGACCAUUAGGUCCAGUCGUGGCCGACUCUGGGGUUGCGGCGCUCAUCUCAUUUUAUUGGCCAAGGGAGCCGGCGUACAGCUUCCGGGUCAUGUGGCCAGCAGGACUAAGCCGCUUCUGGCGAACCAGAGCAGCGCACGGAAACGCCAUUUACCUUCCCGCCGGAGUGGUACCUAUUUAUCUACUUGCACUUUGACGUGCUUUCGAACUGCUAGGUUGGCAGGAGCAGGGACCGAGCAACGGGAGCUCACCCCAUCACGGGGAUUCGAACCACUGAGCUUCUGAUCAGCAAGCCCUAGGCUCUGUGGUUUAACCCACAGCACCACCCGCGUCCCCUCAUGCUCAUAGGGAUCUGCCAAAUCAGGUCAUUGGUGCAGCUAGCUCCUUAUUGUCUGCACUGACAGCCAAAAACUCUCCAGGAUCAGUCUGUCUCUCAGCCCCACCUGGGUAUGCUGUCAGGAUUUGAACCCAGCACCUUCUGUGCUCUGCUUUUGAGCCACAGCCCAUAAAUUUCAUUGGAAGGCAAGCCCCAUUGUUUUCAGUAUUGCAUAUUCUCCGGUGAUUGCACAGGAUUGCAGCUUGACCUUGACUUUGCCAUGGGGAGUCCCUGCUGUCCUCAUCAAUGCCAAACCAUUGGAGCUCUGGAAGGGAACAGCUUCUUGUUUUGGUGCCGUCCAAUGGAGCCUCUUGGGAUGUCCUCCAGUCCCAGCCUCUCCCUAUUUGCUUGAGCUGGUGGGGAUAGAAGGUAUUAUUUCCCUUCUGAAGCUCAAUGCAAAGCGUGUGAGAGAGGCUGGGUGUUGUUCUUUUCUGCCUGAGAGCAGUAAAACAUACCCUGUGGCAAUGUCAACAAGUAGAACUGCGGGUUCCCUGUUUGCCUUGCUUUAUUAUUGCACUUGUCCUGAAGAUCAUUUGGGUCCCCUUAGGUCCCCUAAAGGAGGGGCACGGAACCUUUUUGUCAGCCACGAGCCAGUGGUGAUGUGGGUGAGAGUCAAAAGUGGGCAGAGUAGCACACCUGUGUACAGUACACUAGUUUCUAUGCACACCACCUUUCUGUGGCCUCCAUCCAGGCAAGGGAAAGUCGUACAGUGGUACCUCGGGUUACAUACGCUUCAGGUUACACACUCCGCUAACCUAGAAGUAGUGCUUCAGGUUAAGAACUUUGCUUCAGGAUAAGAACAGAAAUCGGGCUCUGGCGGCACGGCGGCAGCAGGAGGCCCCAUUAGCUAAAGUGGUGCUUCAGGUUAAGAACAGUUUCAGGUUAAUUACAGACCUCCGGAACGAAUUAAGUACUUAACCCGAGGUACCACUGUACUCAGAGUUAAGGACACUUUUCCGGCCAGUCAGAAACACUGGAAGAGGUUAUGAAUCAGGCUGGGUGAUGGGUGUAGGCUUGGGAGAUUCUUUAGGGCCACAUUCAGCCCCCUUUUCCUGAGCCUUAAAAGGCUUCUAUCUAAUUCUAAUUGCAGUGUAACGUGGUUUAGCAGUAUUUUGCCAGGACUGCUGGGGAAGGGAGAGUAGGGCGAGACCCCAUAUUUGAGAAGAUGAUAAACUCCUCCUCUAGAGGAGAAGGCGGCACAUGCUGUUCCUCUCAAGUCCUGCUCCUAACCUGCGUGUACAGCUCUGCAUUCUGGCUGUGCGUUGCUGGUGUUUGAUAACUGGCUCAACAAUGAAAGGUUCCGUCAGGCAGCCUCGUUGAAACAAAGGAAUAAACCCAUUGGGGAGAGUGUAGGAAUGCUUGCUGCUGCUGGGCCCCCUGUGGAGCCUUUGUGUACCGCGCCAACUUAAAAAAAAAACACAACCCCAACACAAUGCCUUUUCCUGGUAAACAAGAUACAGAGGCCCGGAGAAAGUGACCUCAGUUAUUCAGCCUCUUUGUGAGACCCACGGCAGGUAGCAUUCCCUUCUAUCUGCCUCCCCCUUUACAAGAAAUGACAUUCAGACUAAAGAGCAGGAAGAAGUAUCUGACAGUAAGAGCUGUGCGACAGUGGAAUGGACUCCCUCAGGAGGUUGUGGAUUCUCCUUCCUUGGGGGUCUUUAAGCAGAGAUUGGAUGGCCAUCCAUCAUGGAUGCUUCAGUUGAAAUUCCUGCUUUGCAGGUGGUUGGACGACCGUUUGUGGUUCCUUCCAAUUCUGUGAUUCUGUGAACAGCUUGAUUCAGUCAAAUUCUGUGCUUACAUUUCGACACACCACUUCAUACAUUUUUCCUCUCAUGCUGAAGGGCAGAGUGCCGAAUGCUCUUUGUGCGGACUGAUCUGCCAUGCAAGAGUGUGUGAGAGAUUGUACACCUUGCAUUCUGAAUCUCGGGGAGAGGAUCCCCGCGGAAAACGAACCUUCACUUGUAGGUCCAAUGUCACAUUUCCUUCCGCCUUCGAAGCAUCCCCAUGACAGCCUCAUUGCCCUGGGCGUCUGGGUUCCUGUGAACUGAAAUGCCAGCCCUCGCUGCAAUGGCAGAGUGGACUGUCCACCCCCCUUAGUCUCCCUCUUGCCCACCCAUCCCGCUGGCAGAAGUCCAUCUGGCGGGAGAGGAGUCACGUCCUUUUCCACGCAGCAGCCGAGCAGACGUGCCUCUCUCCCCAUAGCAACAGGGAGCUGAGUGAGGAUUAAAAGUAUUUAUCUUUCCCCCGCCCCCAGCAACCCUCUCUCAUGCCCUCAAUUCUCUGACUGGGCUCUCUGUCUGCAUGUGUUGAAAUCAGGGGGAAGAGGAAAGAGCUCCUGACCUGCUAGAGAUCUAACAAAAUGGGGGCCUUCCCCCCCCCCCUGUGUUGUCGUCAUCUCUCACCCACCCACCCCCAGAAUGUUCUGCCUCCCUUUUGUACAGCACAGCAACCUUCCAUCUCCAAAAUAAUUGAUAUGGUGUGUGUUUGUGUUUGGGAGGUCUGGCUAAUCCAUGAAAUCCGGUCUGAACAAGCUUCCUAACUGGGAUGCCAUUGCCUCUCUGGGCUCAAGGUGGAUAAAUAUUUUCUUCCCACUCCGCCAAGUGAUUUCCCUCCCUGUGUCGCUGAUUUUUUUAAAGCUCCUUUUUUGUGUGUGGGAAUCUCAAUCUCUUGGUGGCGGAGGGGGUGGAUUCUGAAUGGAAUUUGCCUCCUGCCCUCCUCACAUGGCACUCAGUUCCUCUUGUAGCCUCUUCUGGGAGAUUACUCGGGAGUAAAUAUAUUAGGCCUUUCCCCCCCUCCCUUUGACCUGCCUUUUCACUUGGGGACAUGAUCACAGACGCAGGGUUUUAAUUGGGCAAGAUGACAGGAUUGCUAUUUGCCACCUACAGCCUGCUGCUAAAUGGUUUUACAUUGUGUUACAGUGUUUAGAGUGUUAAGUGUUAGUGUUAAGACCUGGGAGAACAGAGUUUGAAUCGCACUCCCAGCCAUAAAGCUCACCGGCUGACCUUGGUAGCAAGUCUCACUGCCAACCUACCUUACAGGGUAGUUGUGAGAAUUAAAUGAGGAGGGGGGGAAGAACCCAUGUACACCACCCUGAGAAAAAGGUGGGAUAUAAAUCUACAGUUGUGACUUGCCCAUACCAAAAAUAAAAUAAAAUAAAAUAAAAUGCAGGGCAAACACUGUUAUUGUUGUUGUUUUUACUUGUCUCUUGCCUGCCCUUCACCGUAUGGUUCCAGGCUGGUUGCAACAUCAAAACACAAAAUUAAUUAAAAACAGUUUAAAACAACUUAAAACUGCAAAAUUAAAGUGGGUCCAAGAAAAUAAGCCCCCCAAGUGACAAAAGCCAAAGUGAAGAGAUGCAUCUUCAGCAUUCUCCAGAAGUUAUAUAAUGAAGGUUCCAGGUGCACCGCUGCAGAGAGGGAUUUGCACAGGUUAGGGGCAGCCACAGAGAGUGCCCUUUGCCAGCCACUGCCCGCCCGCAUCUGAGGGUGGAGAUUCCCACACACACUUCUUCUUCAGCCGUGUCUGCUGCUCACAGAAGACAACUUCAGCCUCCUCUUCCUUGUGGUGUCCAACCAGAUGUCUUUGGGAGAUCAGAAGUAGGGCACUCACCUGUUGCCCUCACCUGUUGACUGGCCCCAGCAUCUGGUACUCAGGGGUAGACUGCCUCUGAAGAUGCAAGAUCCUUUUAACCACCCCAAAAGGAGCCCUGCUGGAUCGGGCAAAACAGCCCCCGUCCUAAUUCACCAUCCUGUUCUCCCACCGUGGGCUGCUGGGUGCCUUUGAGAAGCCCCCCAUUGGGGCAUAAAAAGUCAGUAGCCUUCUGCUGCUUCUGGCAGCUUGGCAUUCCGAGGUAAACUGCCCCAUAACCUCUGCCUGGCAUUACCUUAUAUAUCUUUAGGCGCCGGCAAAAACAUUCCUCUUCAAACAGGCCUUUGGCUGAUUGAUAUUAUGCAGUCUUUUGCAUGUGGUGGUGGGGGUACUGUUUUGCUGUUUCUGUUUUAACUAUAUGUGCUUUUAUGUUGUGAAUUGCCCUGAGAUCUUUUGAUGGAGGGCAGUAUAUAAAUCUAAUUAAUAAAUCAAAUAAACCUGGAGGUUCCUUUCAGCUGCUAUAGCCAGUAGCAGCUAGUAGGCAUUUUAUUUAUUCUUUUUAGACAUCUCAGCUAACUGCCAUGACCACAUCUUGUGGUAGCAAACUCCAUAAACAGCAGAAUAUGGCUUGAGGGUCACAGACGAGCCCCACAUCCCACCCCAAUCUUGGCCCAGAAAAAAUAAGGGUGGUUGUGUUCUCAUGCAGCGAUAACUGGGGUGUGCUCUGCUUGUCUUGCUGCUGACGUGCUUUGUUUCAUUCGUUCCAGAAUCCCAAAAGUGGACCACGACACCUCAGGGGAGUACCACUGCAUCUUCGAAACCGUUCCCCUUUCCAAAGCAACUGUGUACGUGAAAGGUGAGCUCUGCGGGGGAACCCGAACACUCGUCCUGCUUCUACCUUCCCCAGCUGCUGUUGUAUCAUUGCUAAACAUGGGCCAAAGGAUUUUUCUUUUACGUCGGCACUUUUGCUGGUGGUUGACCUGCUCCUGGUCCUCUCAUCUUUCUGUCCAUGUCAAGAAGCAUACCUGCUUGCCCUUGUUCUUUGGGCACUGAUGGAGGUGCCCGAGGGUUGUGUCCAACAUUCCCUCUGCUCAGAGUAGACCCACUGGGAUUAAUGGGCACGGCUACUCUUAGGGAAGGGACGCGGGUGGCACUGUGGGUUAAACCACAGAGCCUAGGGCUUGCCGAUCAGAAGGUCAGCGGUUCGAAUCCGCGCCACGGGGUGAGCUCCCGUUGCUCGGUCCCAGCUCCUGCCAACCUAGCAGUUCGAAAGCAUGUCAAGUGCAAGUAGAUAAAUAGGUACCACUGCGGCAGGAAGGUAAACGGCAUUUCCGUGCACUGCUCUGGUUCGCCAGAAGCGGCUUAGUCCUGCUGGCCACAUGACCCGGAAGCUGCACGCCGGCUCCCUCGGCCAGUAAAGCGAGAUGAGCGCCGCAACCCCAGAGUCGGCCACGACUGGACUUAAUGGUCAGGGAUCCCUUUACCUUUACUCUUAAGGAAAGGACACUAGCUCAGUGGUUUGCAUGCCAAAGGUACCAUGUUCAGUCCCCAAGGGCAUUUGCAAGUAGGGCUGGGAGAGAAUCUCUGCCUGCAACCCUGGAGGACCACUGCCGAUCAGUGUAGACAUUACUGAACUAGGUAGACCGGUGGGGUGAUUCACUAUAAGGCAGCUUCCUCAGGCCCUUUCAUUUCAGUGGGUCUGCUCUGAACAUGAGCUUGUUGGACGCAAUCCCUUUUUGCCUGAAGCUGUUCUACCCCGCUCGCUCCCAGAGCAACUUGCAAAGGUCAGUGGUAGUAAAGGCGGUUCUUGCCCUCAGGACUGCAGUCUUAAAGAUCAUGUUGUUGUUGUUGUUGUUGUUUAGUCAUUUUGUCGUGUCCGACUCUUUGUGACCCCCUGGACCAGAGCACGCCAAGCACUCCUGUCUUCCACUGCCUCCCGCAAUUUGGUCAAACUCAUUCUGGUAGCUUAGAGAACACUAUCCAACCAUCUCGUCCUGUCGUCCCCUUCUCCUUGUGCCCUCCAUCUUUCCCAACAUCAGGGUCUUUUCCAGGGAGUCUUCUCAUGAGGUGGCCAAAAUCUUGGAGCCUCAGCUUCAUGAUCUGUCCUUCCAGUGAGCACUCAGGGCUGAUUUCCUUCAGAAUGGAUCGGUUUGAUCUUCUUGCAGUCCAUGGGACUCUCAAAGAGUCUCGUCCAGCACCAGAAUUCAAAAGCAUACAUUCUUUGGCGAUCAGCCUUCUUUAUGUUCCAGCUCUCACUUCCAUACAUCACUACUUAAAGAUCAUCGCUUGGUGAAUUGUAGAGUUGGAAGGGACGACAAGGGUCAUCUGGUCCAGCCCCCUGCAAUGCAGGAAUCUUUCACCCGACGGGCUCGAACGCACAACCCUGAGAUUAAGAGCGUCAUGCUCUGUCGACUGGGCUAUCUGGAAGCAGACAUGGAAAGAAAGAGUGGGUGGAAGGAGGAAAGUGGGGGAAAUGGUAGAUUGCCUACUUUGCACACAGAAGAUCCCAGGUUCAGUCCAUGGCAUUUAAUGACUGGUGUUUCAAUGUAUUUUUAAUCUUUUGUUGCAAGCCGCCUAGAGUGGCUGGGGAAACCCAGCCAGAUGGGCAGGUUAUAAAUAAUAAAUUAUUAUUAUUAUACUAUGUGUGGCCUGGGGAGCCCAACCACCCCCCCAUCUGAAUCCAUGGCAAAGCCACUGCCAGCCCAUGUAAGCAGCACUGAAUCAGAGGAACCAGCAGUCAGACUGUAUGAUGAGGCAGCUUCAGAUGCCCCUGCAGUCUUACAAAUGCACCUGUGAAAGUUAGCUUGCAUCGGUUUUACUAGCCCAUCUGCCUACGUUUUCACCAAUGCACGUCACUCGUGACCUCAAUAGCUUGUCAGGGGGCAGGGAGAGAGAAGGACCAGUUUGCUGAAAAUCCCCUCCCUCAUCGCUAAUGCCAAUUUUUAACUCGCUUUCAUAAGCAGCUAACUAUCCUUGGCCCUUGCUGCUCACCUGUUCUCCUCGGGUACCUCAUUGCCAGCUGUCCUUCAUCUUGCUUGCGCCCCUUUCUUCAUUUGCAGUGAAGCCACACGUGUAUGCCUACAAGAAGACAGAGCAUGGGAACGAGGGGGACACAGGCAUGCUGGUCUGCAAGAGCUCCUCGUACCCUCCUGUUACCCAGUGGAGUUGGUUCAGGGUGGUCGGAGAUGUGUCCCAGGUGAGUCUCUUGGCCAAAGCAAACAUUUCCCCAUUCCCCAUGCUCCACUGCUUCUGUUUUCCUCCCUCUGCAAAGUAGUUCAGUGGUUCUGUGCAGCGACGGGGAGCAGACCACCCCUGCCUUCUAAUUAACACGGCAGCAAAUGCAAGGCAGCCUCAGUCUGCACAGGUUUCUUUUGAUGCCGAGGAAGCCUUUGAUCGUGUGCAGUGGGGCUUUCUGUGACCCCCACCACGCAUAAACCAUCUUCCCCACCCCAUUUCCUCAAGUGUACCCAAGCAAUAAAUUGUGGCCUGUACUCGGAACUAAUACAACUGAAGCCAGGGGUGAGGUAGGAGCUGCCACCAUAUCAGCCAUGCUUUUUGACCUAGUCCCUAGCAUGCUUCAUUAACCAACCCACUAAAAUUAAGGGUGUUGCUGUGGCCAAACGAGAAUACAAGGUGGCUCUAUUAGCAGAUGCCACCCUGCUCUUUUUAAACAGACCCACAGAACUCAAGCCCUAAAUUAUGAUUGUCCACUAGGCAGUUUGAGCCACCUGAUAUAAAAUUGACCAGUGGAAGCAAUGACCAAACAGUAGGGACUAGUAGGCAGCCACCACACAAACUGGCCCUUAAAGUUUGAUAACUUUCCAUCCUUAGGUUUCCCCAUAGCUAGGCAAAUUGACCAAGGCAUACAAAUAAAUGUGGAAGAAGCACUUGCGAAAAUAAAUAUGGGCUUGGGCAGAGCAGACUAUAAAUGUAAUUAAAUAAACAUAAUUAAGUGAAUGUUGUGCCCAUGUGUCCUUCGGGAUCUCCCAGUCAUCAUCACACAAAAUUACUUUCUUGCAAAUCAGCCAGCUGUUUUGAUUUUGUUUUUCUCGGGGGCUGGCAUGUGCCAAACUCCAGGUCCCAGUGACCAGUGGUAGCUUUAACCUCCCAAAUGUAGCGAAAAACAUACCUGAUUGCAAAAGUUACAUACCGGCAACAGGAAGGAGGCUAGGAAAUCUGUUAAUGGGCAUGGAUGGAAUGGGAUAACCUAGCUCUUCUGUGGAGUUGGGCAGCAGGCUGUAAGCAUCCAAUAAACGAUCCUUCGACAUUCAAAAGCCAGACCACCCCAAGCACAGGAAUUUGCAGCUAGCUCCCCUUGAGAAAAUUCUGUUAAAUAACCAAAUGUCAGAGAUGAAAAUACUGUAUUUAAUUUUUUUAAAGGGCAUAUGAUCAGAGAGAGGGGAACAAGGAACUAACCAUGACAGCAGGUCUAAGACACACUACAACCUUCGAUUAUAAUACUGCCUGUUCCACAAUAGCUUUAUUUAAGACCCCUCAAGGAAGGUAUUCAAAGAUGCUUAAAGAUUUGGGAAACCGCUGCUUAAGGGGAUCAGGUAUUUAUUCUUUAACCAGCCCCCUUGAUAAAAUCUGCAGUCAAACAAUGCACAUUUCACAUGCUUAAGUGGUUGCGAAGGUAGAACUUAAUCCUUGAAGGGGAACUUUGGCAAACCUGCCCUCUCUUGAUCUUCAAAGGUAAAAUGUUGAAGUCUGUCAGCAAAUCUGCCCUUCAGGACUUGGGUAUUGCUAGACAUUUCAGCUGCAGCAAACUUCUGUUAGAGGCAGACCCAGUCAGGACUGUUUACUAUGGUGUAAAGGGCCUGUUAGCCGACAUAUGUAACUCUUCCACUUCCAUAACUUUUGGGUUAUUGUUUCUUAUGGCCACCAUGAGACCCAGUGCAACUCUGAAUUCACCCUGGAUUGUGGAUUUUGAAGAAACUUGCAUUGCCGGCCCCUCGAUUCGAAGCACUGCCCUAGCAGAUAACACUUGAACCCUUUUCCUUUCCUCCUGUUCCUGCAGCCUGUCGUCAACGGCUCCGAGGACCGGUUCUUCAUCAAGUCUGAUGGUAACAAGACAGAGCUGCGCAUCCUCUCCCUGCACCUUGAGAAGGACCCGGGUGACUACAUGUGCAACGGCACCAACGAGAAGGGCGAGGGGAACGCCGUGAUUAGCCUACGGGUGCGCAGCCGCCUGGCAGCUCUGUGGCCGUUCCUGGGGAUCGUGGCUGAAGUGCUGGUCCUCGUCACUAUCAUCUUCAUCUACGAGAAGAGGAGGCAGCCCAACCAGGUCCCUGACGGUAAGUUGCCUGGGGAGGGGUCAGUGAGCCUGCUUUGGGAGACAGGAAACACAUGGCUUCCUCCCCAGUGGGCGUCUUUACUUUUAAGAACUGGGUUAGGGCAGGCAUAAGGACCUCCUUUAACGUUAUGGUCUGGCUCUACCCCUGAAUGGUUAGGUGGAUUUUAUCAAAUGAAAGAUCCAGAGAGGAUCACCGCCUUUUUCCAGAGAGGACCUUUUUUUAAAAAAAACCAACAACCCCAAAAUCCAAGCCUUAUACCAUCUGCCCCUGGGUUGAAUUAAAAAACUAUAGUCUGGCAACGUGAAAGCUCCCCACGCUCCGGAUAAGCCCUUAAAGGCGUGCCCAACAUUCUUGCCCCUUUUCCACAUUGACCCUCACUCAUGCACCCUUGUUUCAGAGUUAGCCUUCCUUCAGAUUGACCAGUGUGAAAGGAAAUGCCAAAAAGAUAAGAGUUUUUCUUGAGCAGCAUGGCAGAUGGGCGUGGAGCGGUCCCCCUUUUGCGGAACGGAUUCCCUGUGGCCUACCAAACCAUCCCUUCCGAUUCCAGUGUCCAGGCUGUGAGUCCUGUUGCUCUUACUGUCCAAAAACAGUAGGGGAGGCAUUGGCAGGCUUUGUUGUGAGUGUGCAGGUUGGAAAAGAUUCAGGGGGGUGGAAAACAGACCAAAGUGGGCCACAAUCUUACUCUCCCCACCCCGUUCAGAAAGAGCUGCCUAGAGAAGGGGUGGUUCUGUGAGGGAGCGUUAACAGCCACCAGAAAUUCUGCUACUUGAGGUUUCACCAAUUCCGCUCUCUCUGAGGUCUCCAGAGUUGUGCAAAACAACAGACUGGUGCCUUUAAUUUUUAUUUUUUGUCACUGCUAUAGAAGUAUCCGUAGUCUCUAUAAAACAGCUCUGUGCAUCCUAUUAUUGGGUGUUUGUUUCUGCAGAUCUCCUGUGCCUUUUUUUCUCCGAUGCAGAUAUGCCCUUUUCAACUGAAUGCCACACACACUUCUUCUGCCAUGUAGGGCUAAGAACACACUUGGCUGUUUUUCUAAACUUACCUCUGUGUUUUGCGUCUGCCCCCCCCCCCCCCAAUAUGCAGUCGCCAUCUUCAGGGGUUUAGGCUCCUGAAAGCUCUACUUUGAAAUAUCUGCCACGCAGAGGAGGCCCACUGGACUCCAUCUCUCACCAGUCCCAGUAUGGCCGGUAGCAAAGGGUAAUGGGAGUUGUAGUGCAGUGCCAGCACCCGGGCGGCCGCAAGCUCGCCAUCCACACUUUAUAAACAGUAUGGUUUUAUGUAAUGAAUCUCUUGCUCCUAAAAUGCUUUGUUGAGAACAAAAAACAAAAAGGUGACAUAGGGCCAACUGUCUGGUCAUAGAGCGGGCAAGACAGUACAAACCCCCAGUGGGGUAAAGAAGGUUUGUGUGUUCAGAAAACCAAAACCUUAUCUCUGUGGUGUGGUGUGUCCUUGCUGGCAUUAUCUUUGCACUCUUCCUUCCUCUUCUUCGGCUGCAUGUUAUCUGCUUGUGGUAAGUGAAAGAGCCAGCUCCAAGCAUCGCCCUCUUCCCCAUGUGUUGGUGAUGGUCUUACCUGCUGUGUGUGUGUGAGAGAGAGAGAGACAUCUAGCAGCCCUGUGCUAAAAUGAGAGUCUAGUGAUAUUGGGAGGGUGACAGGGUCCCUGCCCCUGUUGUGAAAAAUAGGGAGAAGUCUUGGCUCUGAUAGGCAUGGGGGGCUUCUCUGCCCAUCAGAUGGCGGCAUGGUGUCCACCUGAAAGGGUCUGUGUGUGCUCCUGCAACGCCGCCGGCAGCCAUUUUCCUCUAGCUCAUAGUGCUGUUUCGUUGUGCUCUUGUGGUGGUUCAGUCCAGAAAUGUGGAGACAUUCACAUUUCAAACAGCCUCUUCGCUUGCUCGCUCGCUUGAAUGUGCUUCCCUGGUGUGGAGUCGGCAGUCUGCCACACCAGAAGAGUUGGGGAGCCUGGGAACUUUGGAUUUCCCAGGUGUCCCUUUCUCUCUAAACCUUACAAAGCUCAGAAUGGCCAGCCCUUGUUAUAUCAGCAGUAAAAUGGAGGUGAACUUGAGAGAGGGUUUUAUGUCCUAAGGGGACGGAGGGAGGUACCCACGUAUGCACAGAAUUUCGGAGUCCACGGUUUUGACGGUACAAGCUAGUUAAAGGGGAACUGCAGUGUUGAGUCCCUCUCCCCCAGAGAUGAUAUGGGCAGGGUGGGUGGGGGGUGGCAGAUCAGCAGUGGAAUCCUGUGUCACUCUUGUGAGCAUGUGGACAGUUUCAGGGAACCCUUCAUCACAUGUGCAGAAGCACACAGGGCAGGCUGUCGAGUUGUGGGGUACACCCCGCUGCCAGAGGGUGGGUGGGAGUUGUAGUUCAAAACAUCAGGAGGGCACCAACUUGGUGAACGUUGGUGUGCAAGCAGUGUUAGAAACUCAGAUAUAUAUAAGUUAUGUACUAAAUGGGCUCCUUACACCAAGGUUGCAGUUGCAAAACCAAAUGCCUAGUUGCCAUUUUGGGACAAGGCGGCUCUAAAGGCUUUGAUUCUCAGUUAAACAUCUGGCUAGUCCAGAUGACAACCUUGAGCUAGGUGAAGAGCUUUGAGAACCUAGAAGAAAAGACCCUGGAUCCAGGAACAGUCCACAUAUAUAUUGGCCUAUUCUGACCUCUUUUUCUUAAUGCUGCCUGCGCCUUCUCGGUAGUGGCGCUCGCCCUGUGGAACGCCCUCCCAUCAGAUGUCAAGGAAAGAAACAACUAUCUGAAGCCAGUCCUGUUUAGGAAAGUUUUUAAUGUUAGAUCUUUUAUUGUGUUUUUAAUAUUCUGUUGGGAGCCACCCAGAGUGGCUGGGGAAACCAAGCCAGGUGGGUGGGGUAUAAAUAAAUAAAUUGCUGCUGCUGCUGCUGCUGCUGCUGCUGCUGCUGCUGCUCAGGCUGCACAAAAAAGACAUUAGGUUCCAGAAAUCCAUUCUGAUUGUGUAUUAGUGUGUGAAAACAUGCCCAGAUCCCCAUAUGGUAGAGAUGUCAGGUGCCAUCCUGGUACUCGGGUAUCUUCCCUUGGUCGCAAGUGGCCGAUAGCCAGGUGCAAAAUGCGCAUGGCAAAUUUCAAACUGUAGGUGUCUUUAGGCAGGCAGGGGUGGCGAGUUGGGAAUGCAUACGCCAAUCAUCCAGAACUGGCUUUCUAAUCUUGUUUUUUUCCGCUUUCCCCCCGUCUUGCUUCCAUCUCCCUGAAGAUGACGAUGGAGGGUCUGCACCACUGUGAGUAUCAAGGCACAAACACGUGCCCCUUCCUCCUGCCCAACCCCCCCCCCCCAUUGGUGGGAAAUGGUAUUGAAAGGGGCUGAAGCCUGCAGCCUCUUAGAGGAGCUGCAUAGUUUCUGGCAAAGCACGCAGUUCUAUUGGUUGGUUCUUCUCUCUUCAUUUUUAUUUCUAAACUGCCUAGAGGCAUUGGAAAAAGCAGGGGGGGAGAGAGGAGCUGUACUAAACAGAGAUACAAAGAGCUGCAUCUCUCCAAAGAUCAUCUAGCAAGGCUGGAAGUGUCAACUAUGCUUGGUGUGAAAGCUGAUAGCUGGGAUGGCCAGUCUAGGGCAGAUUUUGGGGAGAGAAGAGCCAGUCCCUUCAUGGGCUGCUGCCAGGUUUAAUCAGCGAUCGCUAAAUAGGAGUCAGACCCACCAGCCCGCAUACAGUAUUUGUUUCCUAAGAGGCUGGGAGCCCUGCACUUUCCAUGGGAACCUCUGCCUAGCCCAGUUGCUUAGAGCAUGGGUAGGCAAACUAGGGGCUGGAUCUGGCCCAGUCGCCUUCUAAACCUGGCCCGCGGACAGUCUGGGAAUCUGUGUGUUUUUUCAUGAGUAGAAUGUGUGCUUUUAUUUAAAAGGCAUCUCUGGGUUAUUUGUGGGGCAUAGGAAUUUGUUCAUUUUUUCCCUUCAAAAUAUAGUCCGGCCCUCCACAAGGUCUGAGGGACAAAGUUUGCUGAGCCCUGGCUUAGAGCAUUGUGCCAAGAUUGCAGCUUUGAUCCCCAUAUGGGACAGCCGCAUAUUCCCGCAUUGCAGGGGGUGUGACAAGAUGAUCCUUAGGGCCCUUUCCAACUCUGAACUUCUGCGGUGAUUCCAUGCCCAUCCUGGAAAUGUAACCAUGUUGUAUGAAGAAGGACUUCCUUUUGUGGCAGACCUUGGUGACUCAAAUUUUGGGGGUUCCCGAUGAUGCCCCAGAAGCUUGGCACCUGAUGUGACUUCAGCGUUUGCACUCCCCUUAUCUGAAUCGCCCAACUAAGCUAGUCCCAAAUUCUAGUAUUAUUGGGGGAGGCUUCCUGCAGGAAAGAAUUUGGGUGCCUUAUAUUAAGUUGGGUAGGAGGGGGCACUUGGAUUUUCCUGCCUCGAUGCCUUUUUGUGGCCCAUCACCGAGUUUGGAGAUUUCCUCUGGGUCUCACAUGUCCUGUUUCUUCUCCGUUCCUUUCCCCUCCAGGAAGAGCAAUGCCACAAAUUAUAAGGACAAGAAUGUGCGCCAGAGGAACGCAAAUUAAGCAGACGGCAAGGUAGGGAUGCAAUCUGGGUGUCUGGAAGUGGCAGGGGUGGGGGCAAGAACAUCCAAAAAGGUACCUAGCCUUUCCCAGAGAUAAAAGCUCUGCUUGCUUGCUCUCUCUGGUUCUGGCUUAGGAAAUGGCUCUUCCAAAUUGCCUAAGCCGGGGCCUUCGUGGUGUUUAUGUGUGGGGGAACUGAGUUUGAAUCUCCACUUGGACAUCACAUGCACACACACCUCAUAGGGUGUUCUUGGGCCUGUCACACCAGGCCAGGGGUGUUGUGUGGGGCAGCGCAAGAUUACUCCCCCCAUACAUCACCCUGAGAAGGGCCAAGGUAGAAAGGCGGUUGAUUGGAACAAGAGGGAAGGUGAUCUAACACUUCAUAUAUUGUCGGUGGUAUCGUGGCCCCCCUCAAUCCUGUCUUUGAUGUCAUUCCCAAUUCACAGAUGGGGAAAUUUGUGUGUUGAGCUCUAUUGGCAGGGUGGGGAGGUAUUAUACAACCAUACCUUGGAAGUCGAACAGAAUCUCUUCCGGAAGUGAGUUCGACUUCCAAAACAUUUGGAAAUCGAAGCGUGGCUUCCGAUUGGCUGCAGGAAGCUCCGGCAGCCAAUCGGAACACCCGCUGGACGUUCAGGUUCCAAAGAAUGUUCACAAACCUGAACACUUACUUCCCAGUUUGCGGUGUUCAGGAGCCAAGAAAUCCGAAUAUGAAGGUGUUUGGGAUCCAAAGUAUGACUGUAAUAACCUAGGAGCAGGACAUUCUUAGUUACUGUAUAUACCGUAUUUUUCGCUCUAUAGGACGCACCUUGUUUUAGAGGGGGAGAACAAGAAAAAAAAAUUCUCCCCCUCUCUGCCCAGCGCCCCUUCAGCGAAGUGGCAGGAGGUGCUGCACAAAGAGGGGGGAAUUUUUUUUCCUUGUUCUCCCCCUCUAAAACAAGGUGCCUUCAGGCGGCUACCGUAUUUUCCGCUCUAUAGGACGCACUUUUCCCCCUCCAAAAAUUAAGGGGAAAUGUGUGUGCGUCCUAUAGAGCGAAUACAGGCUGCGCGGCUAAGCCCAAAGCCAGAACAGGGAGACGGAGUGCUCCGUCACGCUGUUCUAGCUUGGGGAUGGCUGUGCAAAGCUACAAAGCCUGUCCCAGAAGCCUCAAGCCUUUGGAGCGCAGCGCUUUCCCCCACCGCCAGCCCCAAAGAGCAGGUCGGGGAGCAGCGAAAAGGUGUGUAGCGAGCCCGGGUCUCCCCGCAAAGAAGCGGCCUUUGCUGCUCCCCGACCUCUUUGAGGCUUUUCCCCAAGGAGGGAGAAGGGACUGACUGGCCGUGUCAGUCCCUUCUCCCUCCUGGUCGAAAAGCCCGCAGGAGCUGUGCGCUCCUUAAAGGGUGCAUGGCUCCUGUGUGCUUUUGCGGGAGAUGGGGGAAUUCCCCCACCUCCCACAAAAGCAGGGAGAAGCUCACGGGCUGCAUGCAGCCUGUCCGCUGCUCCCAGAGCGGGGGGGGGGGUCAUAUUUUUUCCCCUUGAUUUCCCCCUCUGAAAACUAGGUGCGCCCUAUGGAGCAAAAAAUACGGUACCUUGGAAGCCUGGAGAGCGAGAGGGGUCAGUGCGCACCAACCCCUCUCCCUCUCCAGUGAAGGCAACCCGAAGCCUCUGGAGCGCUGUGGGAGUUCCCGCUGCGUUCCGGAGGCUUUGGGUUCCUUUCGACCUGCUCUUUAGGUCCUGGCGGGGAGAAGCCCACCGCCAGCCCCAAAGAGCAGGUCGGGGAGCAGCGGAAAAGCGCACAGCCUUCCUGCUGCUCCGCGAGCUUUUUAGGGCUGCCGGGGAAGCCCGGGUCUCCCCCCAAAGAGCAAAGAAGCCAAGACAGCGAGCGGGACGCAUCCCACUUGCUGUCUUGGCUUCUGCCAUAGCCGCGUGCAACCUCUCCGGCAGGGAGAGGCUGCGCGCGGCUAUGGCAGUACCCCCACCUCCCGCAAAACCCCACAGGAGCCACACACCCUUUAAGGAGCACGCGGCUCCUGCGGGCUUUACUAUGAAGAGGGAGAAGGGACUGACUGGCCCCGUCAGUCCCUUCUCCCUCCUGAGGAAAAGCCCCCAAGAGCCGCACGGAGCUUGUGUGCGGCUUUUGGGGGCUUUUCCUGCCUGCCUCCCCCCUGCAUUCACUCCAUAGGACGCACACACAUUUCCCCUUCAUUUUUGGAGGGGAAAAAGUGCGUCCUAUAGGGCAAAAAGUGUAAGCCAGCUUUCAGCACAUUUUUUAUGCUGAAAAAGCCCGUCGGCUUAUACUCAAGUGGGGUGGCGGCGGCAGGACGAGCGGCCCGAAAGGAGCUCUUUCUCACUGCUGGUCCCACCGCCGCCUCUCGCAAGGGCAGGCACAGGAGCCGCAGUUGGAAGAGGCGCUGCUGUGCCUCCACCAAUCGCAGCUCCUGUGCCUGCUCUUGCAAGCGUCAGAGGCGGGGGGACAAGCGGCAAGAAAGGAGCCCUUUCGGGCCUCUCGUCCCUCCACCGCUGCCGCUGCGCUGUGCCUCUCCCAACCGUGGCUCCUGUGCCUGCCCUUGGGAGAGGCGGGCGGUGGCAGAGGGACCAGCGGCGAGAAAGGGCUCCUGUCUGGCCGCUUGUCCCUCCACCGCUGCCUCUGCCUACCUCUGCCGCUCGCAAAGGCAGGCUCAGGAGCUGCAAUUGGGAGAGGCACAGCGCAGGGCAGCGCCUCUCCCAACCACUUGUCCCGCCACCUCCCCCUUUGCCCCUGUCAGCGGUGGAGAAGGAGGAACGAGCAGCCCUUUCUGGCUGCUGGUUCUUCCUCCGCCGCUGCUGCCACCACCAGGUUUGUGGUGAAACUCAUAAUUUUAUUCUUUUUCUAAACUGCUUUGAGUUUGUUUUUACAAUCAAGCGGCGUACAAAUUUCAUGAAAUACUGGUUUUUCGCUCCAUAAGGCGCACUUGUUUCCUCCUAAAAAGUAAGGGGUAAUGUCUGUGCGUCUUGUGGAGCGAGUGCACUGGGCGGCAGAGGGAUCCCUCGGCUACCGCCUCCAGUCGCAAGCUGAGGGAUGCCACCGGAGCCAUGGCUCCCGUCUGUCGCUCGCUGAGAAGCCAGCAGAGCAAGAGCCGCUGCGCAGCUAUCACUCUUGCUCUGCUGGCUUCCCAGCGAAGCGGGAGGAGGGACGGACGGGAGCAAGCAAAGCGAGAGCCGCUUACAUGGCUUCUCUCCCGCUUUGCACAGCUCUCAUUUUGCUUGCCCAUCCCUCCUCCAGCCGCGCUGCAAAGCACCUGUCCCGGUAUCUCCUCCUCUUUUACAGCGAGGGAUGGGCAAGCAAAGUGAGAGUUGCGCAAAAGCGGGAGAGAAGCCAUGGCUCUCGCUUUGGUUGCUUUAAAGCAAGAAAAAGCAAGAGCCGCUUACCAUAUUUUUCGCUCUAUAGGACGCAUUUUUUCCCCUCCAAAAAUUAAGGGGAAAUGUUUGUGCGUCCUAUGGAUUUGUGAGGAAUGCAGACUCCUAGGCUACAGAGAAAGCAACGCGAAGCCUUUGGAGCGCAGCGGGACCUCGCGCUGCGCUCCAAAGGCUUCAGGGUUAGCUGCACAAAGCCUCCACAGGGCAUUGGGGUGUUUCAUCCCGCUGCCCUCUGGAGGCUUCGCAGGCUGUCCCAGGAGCCUCCACAGGGCACGGGGAUGAAGGCUCCCCGUGCCCUGCGGAGGCUUCGCGCAAAGCUAGACCAGCUAUCCCAGAAGCCAGAUCCCUGUUGCUGUUCUGGCUUCUGGGAUUCAGAAUUUUUUUCGCCUUGUUUCCUCCCCCCCCCCCCCAACUAGGUGCGUCCUAUAGAGCGAAAAAUACGGUACAUGCUCUGUGCAUAUAUAUAUAUUUUUUUGCUUUCCCCCUCUAAAAACUAGGUGCAUCUUACGGAGCAAAAAAUACAGUAAAUGAAAAUUUCCUUAAAACAGUAUUAAGCUAUGCCUGUAGCAUGCUGAAGAGUCAUACACAGUGAUGAACUUACCCUAAUUCUACGUCUUCUUUCUCUCUUUCAGGUGACAUGUCAGUUGAGCUGAGUGCUUAGGGUGUUCCUUCCAAUCGUCCCAUGCCAUAGCACCAAGAAUAUCAUAGCGCCCCCUCGCAAAGAUCAAUUCACUACACGUUUUAAGAGAAAACUUAAAAUCGUAGAGUAAAAUCUUCCUCUUCUUUUCUUUUUUCUUUUUUUUUAAGGAAAAAAACCCAGUCUCUUUUUUUUUUUUACCUAUACAUUAGCACAUCCCUUUUUAAUUUUUAUUUCUUUAAUGUAGUCCUCACAAUUUGAGCCUCGGGCAUUGCGGGGGACAGGACAGGAGGCGUUUUUGGGGGGAAGUUUGAAGGGUGAGCUGAGAUCUGUCUGCCUUCCCCGCAGCCCCAAGUUGGAGGUUUAUUUCCCUGGCAGCAAACCACAUGGGAAGCCGAUCAAAGCCACGCUCCACAAUACAGUUGAGCAGGGCAUAUCUCUCUCUCUCUCCCCCUUCCUAAAAUGACCCUCAGCUUUGGGGAGGACACCAGACGACCAGCUGCUGGUUUGGCCGGAGAAUGCAAAAAGGCAAAAGGUUUCGCCUCCUUUUCCACCUCGGCGGCUUCUGUUAGGUCAGAAAAUAGCCAGCUUGAGCCCCACUGCCUUUUCUAAGACCCAUAGGGAAGUCUCCCGAGAAGCGUGCAACUGCUGAAACCACGCGUGGUCUCCUAUAGCUUCUCUACCCUCUGCCCCACACGGCCACCAGCAAUGGGUACCACUGCCACAACGAUCCUCGCUUUUUCCAGCACCGUGGCUUCUCUAAACACCACAUCCUUUUUCUUUUGGCCCCCCUUUUUGGGCCCUUGUAGCUUUCUCUGCAGUGACCCGUUACAACACUACCAAAAAAAAAAAAAAAAACCAGAAAGAAA